UGUCUGCAUCCAUCCAGAGGAGGCUCGUGCCGUGCGGGGCGGGCCAGGAGCAAGGAGAGGCCUUCCUCUCUUUGUGCUCCCCCCACCCCCCCAGCCCUAUAAAUAGGCCCAGCCCAGGCUGUGGUUCAGCCUUGAAGGGAGUUGAGCACCAAGCAGCAAGCAAUCUCCACCAGAGCCCCUGCCAGCAUGGCCAGUGAGUUCAAGAAGAAGAUCUUCUGGAGGGCCGUGGUGGCCGAGUUCCUGGCUAUGACCCUCUUCGUCUUCAUCAGCAUCGGUUCUGCCCUGGGCUUCAAUUACCCGCUUGGUGGGAACCAGACAGCAGUCCAGGACAAUGUGAAGGUGUCACUGGCCUUUGGGCUGAGCAUUGCCACGCUGGCCCAGAGUGUGGGUCACAUCAGUGGCGCCCACCUCAACCCAGCAGUCACCCUGGGGCUGCUGCUCAGCUGUCAGAUCAGCAUCCUGCGGGCCGUCAUGUACAUCGUAGCCCAGUGCGUGGGGGCCAUUGUCGCCACUGCCAUCCUCUCAGGCAUCACCUCUUCCCUGCCCACGAACUCACUCGGCCGCAAUGAUCUGGCUUCCGGGGUGAACUCAGGUCAAGGCCUGGGCAUCGAGAUCAUCGGCACCCUGCAGCUGGUGCUCUGCGUGCUGGCCACCACGGACCGCAGGCGCCGUGACCUUGGGGGCUCAGCUCCCCUGGCCAUCGGUUUCUCCGUGGCCCUGGGACACCUGCUGGCGAUCGACUACACUGGCUGUGGCAUCAACCCUGCCCGAUCCUUUGGCUCUGCAGUGCUCACCCACAACUUCAACAACCACUGGAUUUUCUGGGUGGGGCCAUUCAUUGGCAGUGCCCUGGCGGUGCUGAUCUACGACUUCAUCCUGGCUCCGCGCAGCAGCGACCUCACUGACCGCAUGAAGGUGUGGACCAGCGGCCAAGUGGAAGAAUAUGACCUCGAUGCCGAUGACAUCAACUCCCGGGUGGAGAUGAAGCCCAAAUAGAGUGUGGCCUGGCAUCUGGGAGGGCAGGAUGGGCAGAGGGGGGAGGGGGGCUGGAAUCAUAUUAUAGACACUGACAAGUGGGCUGAUGUCACCCCCAGAGAGCUGUCAGACCUGUGUGGUCCAGGUCCAACCUCAUUGGGGGCAGUUCUGUCUCUUUCUUCCUUUCUUUCUCUCUCCUGGUCUCAGAGCUUCAGCAACUCGCUCCCUUGGCCACAUGGAAAAGGUGGAAGGGAAGGACCACUGUUGGUUGUCCUCUCAGACUGUGAUGGGCAGAGUACCACAAAGCCCAGCUCAUCCCAACAUUGCUCACCAGCUUGCCUGCCACAGGUGCCUAGGGUGCUGCCAUUAUUGUUCAUGCCUUUGGCCACACCCCCUUCUCCUAAUAGACCCUGACCCAUCCCUCCAAAAGGGUGCUUUGAGCAGGGGAGGGGUCCUAGGAGGCAAGAAAAACAAGGGGAAAAGCAAGUUGCAGGUGAGCUUUGCUUUUUCAGUGUGGCUUCCAUCUCCUGCUUGGACUUGGUGCAUGACCUUGUAACUGUCCCCAGCUCAGGAUGUCAGAGAUACCAUCUGAAAAGUGGCAUGGGAGGGGAGAGUUAUGUGGAAUCCUGUAGGUAUAUAAACAUCACAGUUUUAGAGGGUGGCAUCCAGACCAGCACAGCUUCAUUCAUUUCCCAAGUACAGAGAUGGGUCCACCCAUCUGUGUGCCCACCUGCAUGUGGGCCGAGCUUCCAAGCACAGAGGUGGUCCAGGUUAAUGGGUGCCAUUCCCAUGGCGGGCUUCACAGCAGGAUAGACAUCCAUGUCACAGGGAUAGAACCAGACUCUAAUUGGUCAGUUUUUCCAUCUAUCAUGGCAUGGCCUUGCUUGUUAUUCAGCUCUCUACUUCCUCUUGCCAGUGUGGAUCAGGAUGCCAGUGUGUGGUAUGUGUUUGUUAAAGAACAGUUUCAGUUACCUGAGGCCCAAGCAUGAGGACAGAAGGUUCUAGAUGUGUAGCAGAUGCCCUCUAUGGGAGUUGGGGUGUCUGAGCAGGGAGAAGCAGUUCUGGCCCCUUGAUGAGUUCUUGGUUGGAGGCCUUGGGGUAGUCAUGUGACCUGCAUAGGCUCCCCAUUAACCUGUAGGAGAUACAUGAUCCUUGACCUGAUGAUGUAGCUCUUGCUGCAUUCAAGGGUAGUUCAGAGUACAGAGUUCACUUGGGUACUGCCAUCUCCUGCUGGGUUCCUAGGUCCUUGCAGCUCCACUGCUGUGCCCUCCCCUCCCCCCCCCCAUGCCAGCACAAAUGAGACACAGUUACACAGGCCUGAAGAACAGCAGGGUGGCCAGGGUGCUUAGGUUGUCCCUAGCACAUCAUAUCUGCACACUAUCCUCCAUUCUCUAGCAGGACCUGCAAACCCUUUAACAGAUAGGGAAAUACAGUUCCAGUCCCACAGCUAGGCAACAAUCUGGCCAUCCUAACAACCAUAGCCAUGUUUAACCACUCCCUGGUCUACAAGGCAGAUGGCUUCUCAUUCCUAGGUUUGCAGUUUCUGUCUGGGAGAUGGCCAGGGCAAGGGGGC